AUGGAGUGGGUAGCAGAGCAGCAGGAUCUGGGUGGCCUCGGGCUCGCCGGCAUCUGCCGCGAGGUCGCCCGAGUACUCUGCGCCACCAUCUUCAACUCCUGCUUAGGUCUCCUUAUGCUGCUCUCCCUGAUCUUGCCCUGCGCCAACCACGUCCUUAGCUCCCGCGUCGACUCCAACCAAGGCAGCCUCCUCCGCCUCGCUGCGUACUGGGCCGCCUUACUUCUCUUCAAGCUCCUCUACUUCGUUCUCUGCUACGCGCUCACGCUCUUCUGCACCUGCGCCUACGUGUUCCUAGUCGCCUCUCUCUAUUGCACCGGCGGCGAUUUCGCCGCCGCCAAUCGCGGCCUCCACGCCCUCCCACUCGAUCCAGGCAGGCGGCUUCAUCGCACCUUCUUCUUCCUUGCAAUCCCUCUACUCAUCACAUUCUACGCCGGCGCGCAAGCCUGGAUCGCGCUCCAGCACCUGGACGCUCCGCGCGGGGUCAUCCUGCCGCUGCAGCUGAUGGGCGGGGCCGCGUGCCUUGCCGGCGCCGGCUACGUCACCGUCGUCUGCCAGCUGGCCUGCGUGGUCUCCCUCCUCGAGGACCCCAGGCUCCUCGCCGCCGUACGCAGGAGCCGCGCGCUCCUCGCAGGCAAGUUCUGGCCGGCGGCGGCCAUCUUCCUCACGCUCGACGCCUGCAUCGUGGCUCUGCUCAUGGCCUACACGCCUCUGGUGGUGGUGAUGGACGACGCGCUGGGGCUGGGUAUCGCUUUCCCGCUGGCUGCGGGAGUUGGGAUGACAGUCGCUCUGUGGGCGGCGCUCGUCGUCACGCUGGUGGCGCAGCCGGUAGUGUACCUGGUCUGCAAAAACCACCACCACAAGAUCGUUGACAAGGUCCACCUCAACUACGUCGGAGACUACGAGCGGCUCGCCGUCGACGGCGACAAUGCUGGCGUGGAGCUGCAGCCGGCGCCGCAGGUCACUACAACUGCCUAG